AUGACCACUUCUGCUUCGGGCGCCGCCGGUUCCGGGUUUCUCCCCGCAUCGCUUGCCGCCCUCCUCAACUCACCUCCAUCACCGCUUGCUCCGCAGAUGCCGCAGUUCUUUGGCACAACCGUUGUGGGCUCGAUGUUCUCGGCCCCGCCUCCACUGCCGAGAACCGCCGCGGCCACGCACGUCAACGCGCCACCUGUGGCCACUCCUGCGCACGUCGAUGCUUCAACGGCCGGCUUGUCCGCCCCCGCUAUCCCGCUGCUGGACUCGGGGGCCAUGACCGCCGCCUCCUCAACCCUCGCCAUCCUGCCGACGGCCUCGGGGGGUCUUGCUGCUCCGGCCUUGCCCUUGCUGCAGCCGCCCCCACCCACUGCAUCGCCCAUGGCUCUGGCCCACGCCGUCGCUGCCCCGGCCUACGUCGCUGCCGCCUCGCCCGCUGCCCCAGCUUCUGUUGCCGUGGCACCGUUCCACUUCGCCAAUCAGAUCACCAUCCGGCUGACACCGGACAAUUAA